AAAUCCAACUCGUUUUCCAGAAACGAUAUUGCAAGCUUUUAUCAUAAAACAAAUGAAAAAGUUACAUUUUGUUGAAGUUUGAUCCACGAAAUGGGCAAUACUGCCAGUAGUGACAGCGAAGAUGAAGUCGAUGAUGGCUAUUCUGACAGUGAAGCAGAAACUGGAGACAAAGAUGGUCCCUCACUCACAGACCUCCACGCUCUCUUCAAUGAACCAGGGCUACUACGAUCAGUUGCAUCAAAAAUAAAGGACCCGAUCCCUGACAAUGUGAUCCACCAGUACCAUGGCCACAUCAUCCGGUGGCUCCGAGAGAGGCAGGACAGAAUGGAGGAGAAUGUCACACUGAGCCAGUUUUGUGACAUGCUGAUGGCAAAAGGAGUGUCCAGAAAUGAGGUUGUGAAGGCGUUCCAGCAAUUUGACACGGAUGGCAGUGGUGUUGCCGAAGUGUCAACCAUGAUGGAUGCCCUGUCCACCUUCUCUUCCGGCAACGUCAUGGGAGAGUUAGGGAAGAACAUCCGGAUGCUCCAAGCCUGCUCUCUCACAGCAGGGUUUGUGGAUGUGUAUGCAGGAGACAAGAACCCCAUGAGUCGCCAUGGAGAGAAGAUCCUCAAGUACCUGCUGCGGAACCGUGCAGAAACAUCCUCCCUGCCAUUCCCUCAUCUCAACGGCUUCAACAACACCAGCAACAUGCGCAUGUCAGUUCUAAAGUCGACCUUCACAUCACUGAAGGAUGCUGCCAAGAUGGAGAAUGAGGAGCAGGAGCUUGCAGAAGGAGAAGAACUCAAACCCAUCACCAAGUGCUUCAGUGCCAUGGAGGUCUCCACAAACUCCUCGGAUGCCUACAGAUUAACUAAUGGUGAUCCAUACAGUUUCUGGCAGUCAGACGGAGACUCAUUUCUGUUGCGGAUGAGGAACAAUGUGGUCAUCAAGCAGCUGUCAGUGUCUGUGGCCUCAUCCGAUCAAAGCUACAUGCCGGAGCUGGUGAUGGUGUCAGCAGGCAGGAGUCCCAGAGCUCUGCGGGAACUCAAGGAGGUCCGCAUUGCUAGAGUGAAUCAAGUGGUCAGGUUCCGUGUUCCUGAACCAUGUUGUGUUCCUGACAGAGUGAAUCAAGUGGUGUUCCUGACAGGUCAUUUUACUGGAGAUGUUGUGCUUCUGAAAAAUGCCAAGGUCUUCUAUCCCAUCAUUCAGAUUAACAUCAAGAGAUGCCACAGUGACGGCUGUGAUACAAGAAUACAUGGCAUCAAGACAGUUGGAUACAGAGUUGUCCGAGAACCAGGUGUAACUGUGAUGGAUGCCACGGCGAUGUGGUAUCUACAGAUCCUGGCAUCAACAGUGACUGCCGCCGUCCCUCAGUCUCCGCAGCUCCGCCUGCUGGUCCUGCAACAUACAAGAGAGGCCGUGACGUGUGUGGCUCUGCUUGUAGGAAGGCCCUGGAACACAUGCCACCGCUGUCCCUCAGUUUGGCCAGCACUGACCGCCCCCCAGUUCCUCAGCAAACAUGUGAUGCAGGAGAUGGAGACAUUCAUCACGGAGCUGGCAAGUAAAGGAGAUGAGAUUAUACCCGAGGGACUGCACCUCCUGCUGGGGCUCAACCUGGCCAGGGGCAAUGUGGCAGGCCUGCUGAAGACUCUCAAACACUUCUAUAGAAAUCCUGAGCUGACCCUGCCGUGUUCAGGGCUGCUGCUAAAAAUGAUUGAGGCCAGGAAUUCCUGCUGGGAGAGAUUAGAGAGCUCCCUACAGUUCACUGUGUGUGGAAGUGACGGGGGACAGAUGGACGACACCUCUAGUGCUGAGAAUGUCACCUUGAAGCCAUCAGGCAAUGCACCACAGCCCUACCUGUCUGCAGAUGGCAAGACAAAAGUGAACUUGUUCUUCAAGGCCCCAGAAAACGUUCAACUCACCAAGCUCAGAAUGAAGAUAACGCCUGGUGGUCGUGGGCCAAGGAGAGGCUUAGUGUUUGUGUUCAGAGAGAGCAAGGAGUUUAAACUGGAGGAGCAGAUUGAAAGGUUCAGCUUGUAUGACACAUGGCAUGAACUUGAAUACAACUUUAGUGUACAAGUCAGAAAUGUAGGUAUUGGAGGAAAGCCUGACAACCCUGUGGCCUUCUUCAUGUUUGAUGAUGACUGUGAUGAAAUGGACGUCCCUGUCAGCUGGUACCCUACAGGCCAGUUCCUGGAGCCCGACAGGAGAGUACAGGGAGGAUAG